ACUGAACACCCCAUACGCAAUCUGUCAAGCGGCAAAUUAUUUGUUGUCGUGUACCGAUAUUAAAUUGUGAUCGCGUUGUUAAAUAUUUUUCACAUUAUUAACUUUACUGUUUUAAGAACUAAUUUUGUAAUGACUAAUAAAAAAGAAGAGAAGCCACAACUUGAAAUUGAGGUUGUAAAAAUUAACAAAUGGGAUGGAUCUGCAGUGAAACAUGCACUAGAUGAUGCAGUAAAGAAUUGUCUUUUAUGCGAUCGUCCACAAUUAAAGGAACAAUUUGGUUUGAUCAACACCCGGCUGGUGUUGUGCGCACUGGCCGUAGGUGUUGCAGUGCUGGCGCAUGGUUGGGACUACACACACCCAUUCCCAGAGUCUCGCCCAGUCUUACUCUUUAGCGUAAUUGCAUAUUUCGCGCUAAUGGGAAUUCUCACACUUCAUACAACAUUCCGGGAAAAAGGUACUUUUGCGGUUGCAGUCCAAAAGAACGGCAACAAUGGACCACGAACCUGGGAAGCUAGCUCCGAUAUGAAGAAAUACGAUGACAAAUACACACUCACUUUUACAGUAACAGAUACUAAGGGUGUCCGCGAAGUAAGCAGCACUAAAUCAUGUGCCAAUUUUAUUGAUGCCAACGGUGUUGUGUUGGAUAACUUGGUUGCCAAUGAAGUCAAUCGUUUGUUUAAUUUCUUGUCAGCUGGGAAAAAGGAUGAUACACACAAUGAAAAAGGCAAGAAUGGAGUUGAUGAUGGCGAUGAAAAAGUUGAACGAGUUCGUGAGGGCGUUACGGAUACGGCUGAUUUAGAUUUGCUGCCAUUGUGUGUAUAAUAACAAUAUACCAUAAAUGUAUAUUGUUUUACAUUAGUAAUUGAAUAUUUCCAUAUAAUUUGUAAGCCUUUGAAAAUAUGCAUUUCGCCAAUAAUCAUUUUGUCCAAAAGAGA